UGCGUGUGUACUGCAUGUAAACAUUGAGUCGAAUUUUCGACCGGGAAUAAUCAAACUUGCUACAAACCCUCGCAAUGCCCCCCAUAAAAGUUCAGCACGUCGUCUCUUUUAGUAGUGAAGACCAGGUCCACAAGGCGGAAAAUCUGCUUCGGUCAGAAACAUACAGGAAAUGGAAGUGUGCAAAUCCAGGAGAGAAGCAAGCAUCAAUAAUUUUGCAGUUCGAAAAAGCCUCUACCAUCAAUUCGAUUGAUAUUGGAAAUGAAAGCUCAGCGUUCGUAGAAGUGCUUGUUGCAAGGUCGUCGGAUGGAGAAUCUGACUUCAAGGUUCUGCUUGUAGCAUCUUCAUUUAUGAGCCCUAUGGAAAGCAGGCAAGGCUCCAACCUAAAUCGUGUCCGCAUGUUUGGUCCGGAGAAAUUAUCCCAGCCUGUGGCAAAAGAGAAAUGGGACAGGGCUAAAAUAGUUUGCACACAGCCGUUCAAUAAGAGUCUACAAUAUGGACUGACGUUUAUUACCUUCCACUCCCCUGAGGAGCCAAAACCAGUGACUCCUGCACAAGAAACCACACCUCGUAUGAAAAUUGGUGGCAAAUUCUUGCUCAAAGAUGAAGAAGAAGAGGAAGACCCCCUUCCAGUUGGGUCUUGGUUUGCGAAACAGAAGACUCUAAAAACAGGAGACACAUCCACAAGUCCUGCUGCCAUACGGAAUGCGUCGUACGCCUCCACUACCCUAAGCAAAGCCGAAGAGAGAACACCGAAACUUGUUGAGAAGGCGAAACACAACAUUUCAAGCAGUCCUACACAGCUUCAAGCAGCGAAAGUCGCAAGUCCAUCACAGCAACGCCAACAGACACAGAAACAAGAACGAAAUAACACUGAGGACACAGUAAAAAAGCCACCAGCGAAUUCAUCAAGACCAACAAAGCCACUUCGACCAUUUGGUGCACUCAUGAAAGGCGUGCGGUUUGUCCUAAGUGGAUUCCAAAACCCUAUGCGGUCACAAAUACGAGACAAGGCCAUCGAAAUGGGUGCCAGGUACACAGGAGACUGGGACAACGCAUGCACUCACUUAGUAUGUGCAUUCCUGAACACUCCCAAGUAUGCUGAAGUGAAAAAGGUGAACGGUCGCAUCGUUACGAAAGAGUGGGUCCUAGACAGCUACAAGAAGAAAGCGCUGCAACCAUGGCGAGAUUACAUGUUGGGCACUUCCAACCGGCCGAGGACACCCGAACCAGAAGAUGAGGACGACAUAUCUAGACCAUCGUCGACUCGUUGUGAAAAUGCGGCUGCACCCUCUAGCGUCGAACGGCGAAAAGCUGAUACGGGAGACAAGGAUCCCAAGAGAAUGGCUGACACGGAAACGCCUUCUACCUCAACACCUACCAAGAGGGUCAAGAUACCAGACCACAAUACGGAAGCGGAAGUGGCGGUUCCAACUCCAAAGAAGGCUAUGACCAGCCUGUCUGAUUCCGGGUCCAGUGAUUAUGACGCGGCAACAGAUUGCGAUGAUGAUAUGGAUACGGAUGACGAAAUUGAAAGGGCUUUGCAGCGGUCCAGGAAAGCGGCGCAGCGUAAACACAGCAAAGCGUCCGAUACGGACCUUCCCAGGGCACGCGAGGAGUUGAAAGAUGUCUCACAUGCCAUGAACUUGCCAGAGCUACCAGAGGUUUUCAAAGGGAAGUCGUUCUACAUUUUCGACGACAUCCCAAAGGACGAGCGUCGAGAUCUGACCAGGUGCAUCGUGGGACAUGACGGCAAUCUCCUAGACCACCUGGAGGAGUCAGUCAAGUUUGUGGUUACACGGUCAGACUGGUGCGAUAAGUUUGACGAGGCACUGUGCGUCAACGAAGAGUUGGUGUUCGUUCGGCCUCGGUGGAUAUUUCGGUGCCACGAACUGGAGAAGUCGGUACCGUACCAGCCUUUUGUGGUCACUUGUGGAGAAGCUUGAACUAUACUGCGUGCGUUGCCUUGUGGAAUAAGACGUUCAGUUCUUUUUAAUGUAAUAAAAUAAAGCUGAGGAACCAAAAUGGGUUCGCUGUCGAACUC